AUGGUGACAUCUGAGCUGGAAGCAGAUGAUGCAGAUGUUCGGGAACUCCCAGGCGAAGCGGAGAAGACGGUGGAACAGGGCGCGCAGUGCAUAAGCGUGUCCAUGCCCGUGUCCCGCAUUGUCCGCUUUCUGUUUGCUGUCCAGGUACAAAGCAUCGCGCUGAUGCUGCUGGCCGUGGCCGUCGACACCUUUGCCGCCUCUGCCACCGCUGCCGCCUUUGCCGCCUUUGUCGAAAAAACCAAGCAUCGAGCGCGAGGUCGAACCAAAGGAGCAGGAGUCCGCUUGGAGUUCUUCGCCCUCCCUGCAAAGGACAGGGAGGGAGAGCCGCGGCCACUGACAUGGGAAGAGGCACUCGUAGACUUCCUACCCAUCGGCGCAACCGUCCGUGGUGUCAUUCAGGAGCUCAGGCCCUACGGGAGCUUUAUCGGCUUGAUUGUCAAUGGCAUGGCCAUGGGCAAGUUUGGUGAGGACUCUCGGAUCCGUGGCUUCUGCGAGGACCUGCAGAGCUCGUCUGAUCCUGCACAGCUGCAGGUGGGAGAGCACGUGGCAGUGAAGAUUUUGGAUGUUGACAUGGUGACGAAGCGGGUCUUCGUCUCCACGCGUGAGGCAGAUCCUCCCUGGCCUCCACCACGAGAGCGUGUUCUUCACACGCUGCUUGUCACAGUACAGAAUUUCAGAACACGGGCUUGCAACGUGUCGGGCGACAAUCCUGGACCGAGGUGUCUGUGGGUUCGUCUCCCGAGGGCGCGCAGCCGCGCAGCGGUUCGUUUGGUAUGUCAGCCGCGAGGUCAGUCCCGCUCGAGUUCUGCCGCCUGUUUUCGUCAAGACGCAGACGGGCGCGGUGGUGACAAAGGUCACGCGGGAAAUUCACGGCGCGCGGCGUGUCGUGACGUUAAAUCCCAGUCUUCCGCCGGCCCCGACUUCGGUGGGGUCUCCGUGCGCCGUGCCAAGGCAUGUGCCAGCUCGGAGCGGGUUGCCGUUUGCAACACCGCCCCGCGUCAGGGCUGUAGACCUCCACGCGCGAGCAGCGAGCUCGCAGCGCUUCGAAACCCCGCCGAAGGUGGCAAGGCCACCGCCGUUGACAUCCGCUCAGAUGGAGCGAGGUCACUUCCAACGCUCUUGGCUGCAAGGGCGAUUGGCCAGGAUGCGCCAGUGCUGGCAUCAAAGGAGCAGCAAGAUGAGAAGGCAGCUCCGGCGAAGGAGCAAACAGAAGUCCAAGAAGCCAUCCUGGAGGCAACGAGGCGAACGCAUGCGCAGACCCUCCAGGAGCAGCAAGAGCAGUACGAGAGUAUGCUCGAGGAGCACAAAGAAGUGCUAAAAGCCUCCCUGGAGGCAGCUAUGCGAGAGCAUGCGCAGACCUUGCAGGAGCUCCGUGAGCUCUACGAGGGUAUGCUCGAGGAGCACAAAGAAGUGCAACAAACCACCCUGGAGGCAGCGAUGCGAGCGAAUGCGCAGACGUUGCAGGAGCAGCGUGAAAAGUACGAGAGCUUGCUCGAGGCGGAGCGUCACCGCGCAGAGGAGGCUGAGGCGAACCUGGCCAUGGCCGAGAAUGCGAAGGAAGAGGAGCAGCGAGAGACAUGUGCGCAGAUGCUUCAG